GCGGGGCUUGCGUGGCGGCGUCAAGGGGCGGUGCCUCGGGUGGCGGGAAGAGGAGGCGCGAGAAUGGAGGUGGAGGCCGUCUGUGGUGGCGCGGGCGAGGUGGAGGCCCAGGACCCUGACCCUGCCCCUGCCUUCAGCAAGGCCCCCGGCAGCGCCGGCCACUACGAACUGCCGUGGGUUGAAAAAUACAGGCCAGUAAAGCUGAAUGAAAUUGUCGGGAAUGAAGACACCGUGAGCAGGCUAGAGGUCUUUGCAAGGGAAGGAAAUGUGCCCAACAUCAUCAUUGCGGGCCCUCCAGGAACCGGCAAGACCACAAGCAUUCUGUGCUUGGCCCGGGCCCUGCUGGGCCCGGCACUCAAAGAUGCCAUGUUGGAACUCAAUGCUUCAAAUGACAGGGGCAUUGACGUUGUGAGGAAUAAAAUUAAAAUGUUUGCUCAACAAAAAGUCACUCUUCCCAAAGGCCGACAUAAGAUCAUCAUUCUGGAUGAAGCAGACAGCAUGACCGAUGGAGCCCAGCAAGCCUUGAGGAGAACCAUGGAAAUCUACUCUAAAACCACUCGCUUCGCCCUUGCUUGUAACGCUUCGGAUAAGAUCAUCGAGCCCAUUCAGUCCCGCUGUGCAGUCCUCCGGUACACAAAGCUGACCGACGCCCAGAUCCUCACCAGGCUGAUGAAUGUUAUCGAGAAGGAGAGGGUACCCUACACUGAUGACGGCCUAGAAGCCAUCAUCUUCACGGCCCAGGGAGACAUGAGGCAGGCGCUGAACAACCUGCAGUCCACCUUCUCAGGAUUUGGCUUCAUUAACAGUGAGAACGUGUUCAAGGUCUGUGACGAGCCCCACCCACUGCUGGUAAAGGAGAUGAUCCAGCACUGUGUGAACGCCAACAUUGACGAAGCCUACAAGAUUCUUGCUCACUUGUGGCAUCUGGGCUACUCACCAGAAGAUAUCAUUGGCAACAUCUUUCGAGUGUGUAAAACUUUCCAAAUGGCAGAAUACCUGAAACUGGAGUUUAUCAAGGAACUGCCAAACGGUUUUCCGAAGUGGCUGCAGCACGUGCAUUCCCACCAGCAUUCCGGAGGAUCCUCAACCUAGCCAUCACGUGGAGUGCUCAGUUUGGUUUUUAAGCCAUUCUAAUAGGAAAUUGGAUACACUCACAUGAAAAUAGCGGAAGGAGUGAACUCCCUUUUGCAGAUGGCAGGCCUCCUGGCAAGGCUGUGUCAGAAGACAAUGGCCCCGGUGGCCAGUUAGAGCAGAGACUUCACUGACUGACUUACAGGUGCCCUAUUCUGAGGUACAGGAGCCGCGGCUUUCUGAUGGGGGAAAAUGCCGCCUUAGGCUGCAGCCAGCAUGACUGUCCUUUAAACUCCAGUGGCUGGCCAGGCGCGGUGGCUCACGCCUGUAAUCCCAACACUUUGGGAGGCCGAGGCAGGUGGAUCACCUGAGGUCAGAAGUUCAAGACCAGCCUGGCCAACAUGGGGAAACCCUGUCUUUACUAAAAAUAUAAAAAUUAGCUGGGUGUGGUGGCGGGCACCUGUAAUCCCAGCUACUCGGGAGGCUGUGGCAGGAGAAUCGCUUGAACCCAGGAGGUGGAGGUUGCAGUGAGCCAAGAUCACACCAUUGCACUCCAGCCUGGGCGACAGAGACUCCAUCUGGGGAAGAAAAUUAAAUAAAUAAACUCCCGUGGCUUGCA